GAGAAAAAACAAAGAUGUCGGAGCCUCAUCAUCUGCAGCGACUCGUUCUGCUCUGGAACCAACAGCCAACAUGGCGGAUCCUGAGGGCUCAGGCGCCUACGCGUCCGUCUGCUUUAAGACCAGCCAGACUAAAUGCCAGGCUGAUGAGGAAGAGCCCGUUUCCUACGCGUCCGUCAACUUCACUAAGAAGAACAAGGCUAAAGCUGAGGUUUGUACUAAAGCUGAUGAUAAUGGAGGAGAUCCAGUGACCUACAGCACCGUGAAAGCUCCCCCUGCUGAUCCCAGCAGCCUGUACGCCAGCAUCAAGUAACCACGGCAACAGUGUCCUCAGGUCCUUUAUCAGCUCAUCAAACACAUGUCGUCACGUUCAACAGCUGAGCUGCAACAAAUCACUGAGAAUCGUUUGUGAAGAGACAGGUAGAGAGGAUGAACAUCACCUGUAGGUGACGUGUGAGAGGCUUCAACAGCGGAGCAGAGUGAAUGUACAUAAAGGUUAAGAUCCUUUAUUUAUGUGUUUGAAUUAGAAAUGAUUUUAUUUUGUUUAGCUUGAUGCUGCUGGUCUGUAUAAAUCAUGCUAGAAUAAGACGCUUUGUUAAAAAUCACUUGUAGUCCUCUUGUACUUUUCUAAUUUAGCAACUUCAUUGCUCUAUUGUACAAAACAAUUUAGCUCUUUAAGGUGGAGAUUUAAGAAUAUUUAUAUUUUCUUGGUUUAAGUUUAAAAAGUGCCAAAAGUAAACGUGAUUGAACACCUCCUGAUGUUUGUGAACCACGUGGGUGUAUUUUUGACGUGGGUGAGCUAUUGUAGAUUGUUUUACAUUUAUUUUACAUUUUAUUUUAUUUUAUAUUGUUAUACAACUGUUUAUCAGGUUGCCUAAUGUUGCUGAUUCAUUUUAUUACAUAAACCAUUUAUAAAAAAAAAGCAACCACAGGAUACACUAAAUCAUCACUAAAUCAUCGUUCUAAAGGAAGUUUAGAGAUUUUUCAAUAGCAUUCAGAUAAUUUGACUUUGACUUCAAAUUUGGAAUCUAUUUAGUCAGUACUGGACUGAAUUCAGCACCUUGACUGAAUCUAGAUUUACUUUAUUUUACUUCUAAAAUGAUGCAUUUUGAUUUAGAAUAGAAUACAUUCAUUGUCCCGCAAUGGGGAAAUUACCAUCAUUUGCAUUUUUGAUAUUUUGAUUUGUAGUUUGUAUAGUUAUAUUACACCUGACAGAUCUGUGUUUUGUUGUAAAUACUGCUUAAAUAUUUUUAUAUAUAUUUGCCGUAUGACGCAUCUUUUAUUGUGAAAAAACAUUUCAAACGGAAAUAUUUUGGCUGUGACCGGGAAGUGGUUUUCUUUGACAUAAAAAUGGAGGAAUUGUGAAUUUGUAGAAUUUUCUUUCACAUUAAAUUAAAAAUAACAACAGUUGCAGACUUAGCGUCGUCUUUAUUGAUAUAAGGGAGUGAAUGAGCCCAGCUCGAUGUGACCGUGGCAGCCGUCGACCAUGAGUAACAGCCACCCUCUGCGUCCCCUGGCCUCCGUGUCGGAGAUCGACCACAUCCACCUGCUGUCGGAGCAGCUGGGAGCGCUGGUCCUCGGAGAGGAGUACAGCGAUGUCACCUUCAUUGUGGAGGGAAAGCGUUUCCCUGCGCACCGGGUCAUCCUGGCGGCGCGAUGUCACUACUUCAGGGCUUUGCUCUAUGGUGGAAUGAAGGAGUCCCACCCCCAGGCAGAGGUGUGUCUGGAGGAGACGCGGGCCGAGGCCUUCUCUAUGCUGCUACACUACCUGUACACGGGCCGGGCCAGCCUCAGCUCUGCCCGGGAGGAGGUGCUGCUGGACUUCCUUGGCCUGGCUCAUCGCUACGGCCUACAGCCACUGGAGGACUCCACCUCUGAGUUCCUGCGCACCAUCCUGCACACGAGCAACGUCUGCCUGGUGUUCGACGUGGCCAGUCUCUACUCUCUGAGUGUUCUCAGCGCAGCCUGCUGUUCCUUCAUGGACAGACACGCACCUGAGGUGUUGAACUCGGAUGGAUUCCUUCUGCUUUCCAAGACUGCUCUGCUGACUGUGGUCCAGCGAGACUCAUUUGCUGCCACUGAGAAAGAGAUCUUUCUGGCCCUGUGUCGCUGGUGUCGGCAGCAUGGGGAGGGGCCUGAGACGCAGGAAGUGAUGACAGCGGUGCGGCUCCCACUCAUGACCCUGACGGAGAUGCUGAACGUGGUGCGUCCGUCCGGCCUGGUGAGCCCAGAUGACCUGCUGGAUGCCAUCAAGACCCGCUCUGAGAGCCGCAACAUGGACCUCAACUACCGCGGAAUGCUCAUCCCAGAGGAGAACAUCGCUACCAUGAAGUAUGGAGCUCAGGUGGUGAAAGGGGAGCUGAAGUCUGCACUGCUGGAUGGAGACACCCAGAACUAUGACCUAGAUCACGGCUUCUCUAGACAUCCCAUCGAGGAGGAUGGUAGAGCUGGAAUCCAGGUCAAACUAGGGCAACCGUCCAUUAUCAACCACGUCCGCCUGCUGCUGUGGGACAGAGACAGUCGAUCGUACUCCUACUACAUUGAGGUGUCUAUGGAUGAGCUGGACUGGGUUCGUGUUGUGGAUCAUUCCAAGUACCUGUGCCGCUCUUGGCAGAAUCUGUACUUCACAGCUCGAGUUUGCAGGUACAUUCGCAUUGUGGGAACACACAACACAGUCAACAAGGUCUUUCACCUCGUGGCGUUUGAGUGCAUGUUCACCAGCACCCCCGCAGUCCUUGAGAACGGACUCGUGGUGCCCAGUCAGAAUGUGGCGACCAUCGGCUGCUGUGCCAGUGUCAUUGAGGGUGUGAGCCGUAGCAGAAAUGCCUUGCUCAACGGUGACACGCGCAACUAUGACUGGGACUCCGGUUACACCUGCCAUCAGCUCGGCUCUGGAGCCAUUGUCAUCCAGCUGGCUCAGCCCUUUUCCAUUGGCUCCUUAAGGCUGCUGCUGUGGGACUGUGACGAUCGCUCGUACAGUUAUUACAUCGAGGUCUCCACCAAUCAGCAGCAGUGGACGAAGGUGGUUGACCACACCAGGAUGGCGUGUCGAUCAUGGCAAACUUUGAAGUUUGAUAAUCAUCCUGCCUCUUUCAUCCGUAUUGUUGGGACUCACAACACCGCCAAUGAGGUGUUCCACUGUGUCCACUUCGAAUGUCCGGCCCAGCUGGACACACAGGUCACUGAAGGCAGUCCAGGUCUGGACGCGUCCGAUUCUGGAGCCACGUCUCAGCAGCCGCGACCCCAAAGAGCGUCGCACACGCACGGCCUGCUGCCCUCACAGCCCUCCUCCUCCUCGUCCUCUCAGUCCCACCAUUAAGAGAGACCUCGCCCGUGGUUUGGGAAGACACCAGAAUGCCAUUUUGCACAGCCUUCAUCAUCCAGACUCUACCGCUAAAAUGCUGCUAAAGGCGAUUGUCUCAUUGUCAAAACCCUGUGUCCUUCUGUCACAAGUGCAACAUUACAGACGGGCGUGUUUGUGGGAGCAGCAUUUGGGCCUUCAAUCGUCUCAGUUCUGAAAUGAAAGUGAGCUGUUCCAUCCAUUGGCUUAUCUAUUUUGGUAAAGGUACUUUUUAGCUACUAAAACUCGAGUCAAACCACCAAGGUUAAAUCUUUACUUCUCCAAAGACGAAGCUCACACUGAAAUGUGGUUCUACUCCACCAAAGAAGUGAAGAGCGUGUGGGAGGAAGUUUCUACCUGAAUUUUACGAGUCAAUAUUUCAAUGAGACGUAGAUAUUUUUUUAAGAAACCGACUCUGCUCACUUUUCAUACCAUCAAGCUACUGUAACAGAGUCACGGGUGAAUAUUUUUCAAAGUUUAAAAUUAAAUGCGUCAAACGUUUGCCAAAGCUGAGGAGCUAACCCAUUCUUUGGCAUUUGUAUGCAAACAGAACAUAAUCUAAUUAUGCAUUUGCAUAUUCUAAAGCUGGUGACACACUUUCAGACCCAGUAAACCAAACAGUCUUCAUCUGGUUUUGAUAGACACAAGUCAUACCUCAAGGAGAACGUCACUAAACUAAACCUAGAUUUAAGUAAGUGUCUUGAUUUCGUAUUAGAAGCACUUGAAUAGUUUAGCAUAAGUGAUGAGGUUAUUUAAAAGUCGGACUGAGAGACUGGGACCAAACUGUAUGCACUAACGCUGCUGGAAGAAAGGUUCCAUCCAGUCCACACGUGAGCAGCUACUUUGGCACUUUAUUUAAGUCUAGGAUAAAUAAAGGUUGCAGCUUGCGUCUCCUGACUGAAGUUCAGUACUGUAGUGUUAGAUUUGGUAACGUCAUGUUUGUAUGUUGAAAUACUUUAAAAGCUUGGAUUUGUUACACUUGAGUAGUUUUCCAGGUUUUAAGCUCAGCUGUCGCUGCUCUGUGGUUUGUUUCUGUUCUGUCCUGGUGUUGCACUUUGGAAAUGUCUGUCUUUAAAACCCAGUGUUUGACCCGACUCCUCCAGCGACCACUGAUGUUUGUCUGAGCCUUGUUUAGUCCUGUUCCUUUACAUUUUAGGAGUCCAUCCUUUAGGUGGAGCUUUGUUUAGGUCAUUUAGGAAACACUCAGCUUUGUGUAUGUGUAUAAUUUAACUUAAUAUAAAUAUAUAUAUAUAUAAUUUGUGACCACUGA